UAUAACCUUUGUAACAAAAAAAAACUAAAAAUUGCAAAAUGAGUGCUCCUUUCUAUAGUUUCGAUCCGUGCGUAUGCUCAGGCGCGCCGUGCGGCGCGUGCUACCCGUACACGACAAAGCCGUGCGUGCAUUCACGGAACGAUCUCCGGCCGUGCUCCGUGUGCCCGGGUGGCGGGUGCUCGCCGUGCCCGGCGCCCGUGCGACCGUGUCCGGAGCCGUGCCCGCCAUGUCCUGUGCUACCAUGUUUGCCAGAGUGCCCACCAUGUGAUAAGGUGUACCCGCCUGUUCCUGUGCCGCCUAACAUAUGCCCAUCCCUCGCCAUCCCCUGCUGCCGGCCCAACCGCUGCAAGCCUUGCCCCUGCUACUGCUGCCAGGGGCCCGGCUGCUGCAUACCGAAACGCUGCAGCUACCCUGGUAUGCCCGUCUGCUGUGGCUGCAAAGGACCAUGCAUGCCAAUCUGGUAGG